UUCUUGUUGCUUAUUGUUUACUGUAAGAAAAAUGCUCAUUUUUUGCGAUUUAUCUUUUGCUCGAGGUUCUAAGAUUUGUUACUUAAAAUAUGUUGGAAAAUAGUGCGCUGGAGUUGCCCAGAGUCUGAUCAAUACAGUUUUCAUUGAUCGUUUUACCAUUUGAUAAAAUACCAGAUGAAAUACAGUAGCAAGUCCGACAUUAAAUUUUGAUAUUGUUAGAGAAUUAUUUCGGUGCCAAAGGCGAACAAAUCAUUGCUACUAUGAUACUCGAUUAACUGCUCUUGGUCCUCCUCAAUAUCUCCCAUUACCAAUAUGGAUCAAUCAGAUUCUGAAGAGAUUCGUAGAGUAGUAUAUGUUGGUAACUUGGAUUCAUCUACUACUGCUGAACAACUUUUAACGUUUUUCAAUCGACUUGGAGAAGUGAAGUAUGUUCGAAUGGCUGAUGAUGAAGAACAAUCAACUAGAUUUGCUUUUGUUGAGUUCACCGAACAAUCAUCAGUGGCCAAUGCUUUACAGUACAAUGGUGUUAUACUCGGAGGUAGAGCACUUGAAAUUAACCAUACAAACAGUGCCAUAGUAAAACAACAGGCUAAAAGCGAUGAAGGUGCUCAGAAGGAAAUUGAAGAAGCCAUGGAGCCAACUUACAAUGAUGAAUCAGAAAAAAUGGAUUCGGACGAGAAGAAACCUGAAACAAAGGACAGAUCCAGGUCACGCUCUGGCUCGAAAUCCAAGACAAGAGAUAACAUUAUAUUUUGUGUCUUAAUUUAAUCGUAAAUGAAUUAUCCAUUUCAGUGUUUCAUUCCAUACUGAAUGUUCUUAAUGUAAUCUUGUGUAUGUUUCAAAGUAUCUCAUUUUUUUAUCUGCUUGUGCAUUUUUUGGUAUUUUACUUAAAAUGUAUGUUGAAUCUAAUGCAGUUUUUAUCGAUACUCGUCUUUACCGAGAUUUGUUUGGAGCUAUGUUUGCCAUUUUGAUCUGAAUAUAACUUUGUAAAAAAAUUGAUCUGAUUGUCAUUUGUGAAAUAAUUAAAUGAUGAAAUAAUGUUUAA